CUCCCCCUCCCUCUCAUUUCCGUCAAUAAAACAAACGUGACUUUUACUAGCUAACGUUACCUGUGCUAUUAGCAAACUGUAGAACAUUUGCAAUGGCGGACUUUCUAGAUGAUGAUGACUUCUUUGUAGCAGACCCAGAGCCAUAUCUGUUUGAACCCGAGUACACGGAGGAGGAAUUAGCUCUUAUGGACCGUGAGAGGGAAGAAAGAUAUGAUCAAGAACAGACCGGAGCUGGCGAAAGACCACGGGCAAACAGCAAUUGGUGGUGCAAGUGUGACUGUUGCGAACAGAUGCCGACCGAAAUUGAGAGCCUGUGCUGUUUAGAAUGGGACCAGGUAUUGCCAUCGAAGGUGGUGGUCAGUGUCGAUCCAGAAGACCCUGGACAAAUCGCAUGUGUCGCGGCAAGCGAUGCGUUUGCAGCGAUGAUUCACCCGGCAGUUGUAAAUUUUUUCUUUCAUCGUGACAAAGUCAAUUGGAGGAAACGACCAACGCCGAGUGGACCAGAUGGACAGCUAUCAUCAGAUCAAAAUAGGUUGGUGUGCUACCGGAUAGUGCUGGAAUGGGCCCUACAGGGUGAAACUUUGGGCAGAGGCAAUCGGAAACCACUGCCAUCAUGUGUGGUCGGGACUAUACGACAAAGAUAUCCUUCAGAGUCCGGUGUCUAUGUUGGAUUUCAAGAACUAAAUGAGGCAAUGGAUAUGUAGUCAUAUGACUGUUACAGUUUUUAUAUAUUUAUUUUUAUUACAACCAUAAUGUAGAUGUGUCUAUCACUUUUUUAUUUUCAAUGUCCUUAUUUGUAUUCAGUUCAGUAAACUAUAUUUUUUUGUUUAAAUAAAACUUUGGAACCUACAA